GCACCCAGCAAGAGUGCAUUCGAACACAAGUCUUAAAACACCCCUUUCUCAUCCCCAACCCAUCUAUUCCACAGCUUUCCAUCUAUCCUGGUCGAAGUCUUAAAACACCCCUCUAUCAUCCCCAACCCAUCUAUACCACAGCUUUCUAUCUAUUCCGGUCCAUAUAGCAUCCUGACCAGCUCAUGCAUUAUGACUCUUGGUAUGCUGGUUAUCCUGGUUACCUUGCUGGUGUAUUUUCUCAGAAGAAGCAAAAGAGUAGUAUUGUCCCAUCAGCAACGGGCACGGCGAGGUCUGCUGCCCCCGGGGCCUGCCACACUGCCCAUCAUCGGGAACAUGCACCAGCUGGUUUGGAACAAAUCGGCAGUGUUCCGGUGGAUCCAUCGCCUUCUCAAGGAGAUGAACACAGACAUCAUGUGCCUCCGUCUCGGAGCUACUCAUGUCAUUGUUGUGUCAUGCCCACAGAUAGCCUGUGAGGUACUACGGAAGAAGGAUAAAGUUUUCGCCUCCCGUCCGACCACCUUCGCCUCGGGUACGUUCAGCUUCGGGUACAAGGGCUCCGUCUUGUCACCGCAUGGAGGGCAGUGGAAAAAGAUGAGGCGCGUCCUCACCUUGGAGAUCCUCACAUCGUCCAUGGAGGAGAAGCUCCACCACCUACGGAAGGAGGAGUACGACCACCUUGUAAGGUACAUUCACAACACUGCUUGUUGUGGCAUGAUGCCACAUGCGAAAAACAUUGUCAACGUGCGCCAUGUGGCACAACAUUUCUGUUGUAACCUCAUAAGAAGGCUUGUGUUCGGUAAGAGAUACUUUAGCAACCUACCGGCUUCGUCGACUAAUGAGCCUGGAUGUGAUGAGGAGGCCCAUGUGGCCGCUCUUUUCACAGCCCUCAACCAUGUGUACAGCUUCUGCGUGUCUGACUACAUCCCAGCCCUGGUAGGCCUCGACUUGGAUGGCCAUGAGGAGGUUUCCAUGGAUGUCAUGAGAACACUCAACCGGUUGCAUGAUCCCAUCAUACAGGAGCGGAUACAUGAAAGGGCAUCCACUCUUGAGAAAGGUGGUGAAGAUAAAGAGUUUAGAGACUUUUUGGAUGUCCUAAUUCAUCUUAAAGAUGUCAAGGGACAACCGUUGCUAUCAUUACAAGAAAUAAGAGCACAAACGGCGGAAAUGGUGCUUGCAGCAGUCGACAACCCAUCAAAUGCGGUCGAGUGGGCGCUCGCCGAGAUGAUGAACAGGCCAGAGAUCAUGCAAAAAGCGAUCGAUGAACUCGACACCGUCGUCGGUAAAGAUAGACUAGUCCAGGAAUCUGACAUUCCUCGGCUAAAUUAUCUCAAAUCGUGUAUACGGGAGGCCUUCCGCAUACACCCAUACCAUGCUUUUAAUGUACCACAUGUUGCCAUGGCGGACACCACUAUCGCUGGCUACACCAUCCCAAAGGAUAGCCAAAUCCUUUUAAGCCGGCUUGGACUUGGCCGAAACCCCAAGACAUGGAGCGAACCAACUGAGUUUCGUCCCGAGAGGCAUUUGAAUACCGUGAAUGUACUCCUCACCGAGCCAGGUCUACGAUUCAUUUCAUUUAGCAGUGGGAGAAGGGCUUGUCCUGGGAUUUCUCUUGGUACCUCUAUCACAAUGAUGUUGUUUGCAAGGCUGCUGCAGGGCUUCACUUGGACAAAACCUGCAGGCGUUGAAAAUAUCAGUCUACAGGAAGGCAAUGCAAGCCUUGCCCUACUUGAACCCCUUGUUUUGCAAGCUCAACCACGGUUGGCUUCGUAUCUCUAUCUAUGAAGAGAAAUAAUUUGCUACUC